GCCAGGCCAAAUACAACCCAACAAAACCUAGAAAUAUAAAAAUCUUAUAGUCAGAUUCACCCAUCCGUGCAGAUAUAAAUUAAACUUUAAUAAUAAUAAUAAUAAUAACAAUGAAAUAAAAUUCAAGAAAAAUAAAAUAAAUAAAACCAGAAGACCAACUGGGUAAGUGUGAGCACCACAUCCUCUCUUCUCUUCCUUUUCACAGUUUCAAGAAAAUCUUCCAAUCUCCCUUCUGUCUCUCUCUCCCUCUCUCUUUAUCACAAUAAGUAAGAGAGCAGCUAAACUAGACACAACAAGUUUCAACAUGAAGCUACCUACAAAAUCCAUAUCUAGUCCGGGUCGGGCUGAGAAGUACCCGCCGCCAUUGAUGAGAUUUUUGAGAAGCAAUGUUGCUAGCAGAAGCAGAGGCAGGUCACGUUCAAGCCCUAUGUUCGUUAGAAAGAAGAACGCCGCUAUGGAAACUCAAGAACCCUCUUCUCCAAAAGUCACUUGCAUGGGCCAAGUUCGAGACAAGCGUUCAAAGAAAGCAAAGACGACUCGACCCGCUGAAACCAAAAGCCGCUGUAAAUGGAUCCGCAACCUCCUUUCUUGUCAAAACUUGAGUGGAAAGCUCAAGCCCAAGUGUUGUAAACCUUCUUGGCGCAAAUGGGUUAUUUUCUUUCAUUUGGGUUCUAAGAGGAAAACUAAAUUUAAAGAGAAUUUAUCAGAGGUUGAACCGAAUUUUAGUAAGAGAAGUGAACAUUUGGUGCAAGAAGAAGAAGAAGAUGAAGAUAAUAGAGAAACUAAGGUUUAUGUUUCUACGGCUACUUCACCACCAAAGAAUGCUCUGUUAUUGACUAGAAGCAGAUCUGCGCCGUAUAGAUCUUCUUCUUUAGCUAGUAUAUUUUGGGGGUCAUCCUUUGAAAGUGAAGAAACAGAGCAAAAACAGAGCACAGAGCAAGAAAAUACAGAAGAUGACAGUCCAAUAUCGAAAAGAGAGUCUGUGUGUAAAGAAUCCGAUCAAGAAUCGAGAUUGGAUCCAGAAAUUCAGGAAAAGAUUAAACUUUUCAAAGAAUUUGAAGGUCCAGUUACUUCAAUUAGAGAAAGAAUAAUGAACUUUGCAAAAAUUGAAGAAUUAAAAACAGAGAAAAGUGUCACUGAACGUCCUCUGAUACUUACAAGGUGUAAAUCAGAACCAGCAAGAACAGCAGAGAAAGUUGAUCCAGAGCUGAGUUUCUGGAAGAAGAGAAGGUUGGGUUACACAUGACUAAAUAAUUAAUUACACAUUUCUUUUUUUCUUUUUUGUUUAUUUUCAAUUUCUUUUACUUGAAACUCGAAAAUAUAAUUACUAUUCUUACUUUUAAAUCUUUGUUAUUUUAUAAUCUGGAGCUCUAUGAGAGAAUCUCUAUGGCUCUCUCUAGCAACAUUAUAAAGAAAAAAAAUGAAUUGGCAGUGCAGAGAAAGAUGAAAGUCAUGAAGCAAUGAAAUUUAUUCUUUCUUUGUUUGUUAAUCUUAAUAUCAAAUACUCUGUAUUUAUGUUUUUAUUUUUUGGCAAUUUCACGGAACUGUUGGUAUUGUUUGUUA